CAGAUGGUCUAUAUUCAGCGGACGCGGCUCAUUGUGUUUUCUCGCUGGAGACCGUCGAGCUGUGAAAGGGCAAGAAGAGGGACCAUCUGAGGCUAGGGUGUAAUUUUUUUAUACUUUCUGUAAAGUUUAGCAUCACUGAGUGAGGCAGCAUAAUGUCCGAUAAGAUGGAUAUGUCUUUAGACGACAUUAUCAAGCAGAACAGGCUGCAGAGAGGCGGGAGCCGCGGUGGUGGAAGAGGCCGAGGCCGCGGAGGCUCAGGCGGCGGCCGAGGUGGCAGUGCGGGGCGGCUCGGAGGAGGCGGCGGCGGUGGAGGCAGCUUUGGAGGCCGAGGCGGCGGAUCCGGCCCCAUGAGGAGCCGACAGACCACGAACCGCGCUAGAGGCAGACCAACACCAUACAGCAGGCCUAAACAGCUUCCCGAUAAGUGGCAGCAUGACAUGUUUGACAACGGCUUCAGCGGCUUCAAUGGCGCUGCUGGGGGCGGCGGAGGAGCUGGCGUGGAAACUGGAGGGAAGCUCCUCGUGUCCAAUCUCGACUUUGGCGUCUCGGAUGCAGACAUCCAGGAACUCUUCGCUGAGUUUGGGACCCUUAAGAAGGCCGCAGUCCACUAUGACAGAUCGGGGAGAAGCCUUGGAACAGCAGACGUCCACUUUGAGAGGAGGGCAGAUGCUUUGAAGGCCAUGAAACAGUACAAUGGCAUCCCACUCGAUGGGCGACCAAUGAACAUCCAGCUCGUCACAUCACAAAUCGACACACAGAGGCGACCCAUGCAGGGACCGUUGAUGUUUAGCCUGAGCAGAGGUGGCGGAGGAGGAAUGACCAGAGGUCGUGGCGGUGGAGGCGGCGGCUAUGGAGGCAUGCAGAGAGGAGGCCGCGGAGGACGAGGUGCAGGCGGUGCCAGAGGAAGGGGUCGAGGGGGCCGAGGCGGCAACACUAAGCAACCGCUGUCAGCAGAAGAACUCGACGCCCAGUUAGACGCUUACAACGCCAGAAUGGACACCAGCUAAGAAACGACACUCCUCCCGGUUGUUGUCCCCUUCACGUCUGCACAGAAGGGCGGUUGUUACAAAUGUGCAGAAUGUUUUACACUUGGUUGUCUUCUGAUGUGAUUGACUUUAUUGUUCCAACCUCUUCUUUUAAAUGCUCCGACGUGUUUUUUACCAGAUUUUUUUUUUUUCUCACGAAAAAGGUUUUGGCUGUAGGUUAUUGUAAAAUUGGGAUUUCCCCCAAUUCUCUCCUCUACCCUGUAGUUUAUGGAACUUGUAAUAAAACCUGCAGUACAUAUUAACCUAA